CGCUUCUACAUAGUGGGUCGAGGCAAGAACAAGGAUCAGAAGCGCAUCCUCAAGAUCGACCGAUCCGAGCCGUCGGAGCUGGUGCUGGUGGAGGAUCCAACGGUGUACACUGCUCGGCAGUGCUCUGCACUGCUGCAGCAGCUCGCAGAGGGAAACCGCAGCUCGGGAGGGCUUCGCCUGGUCACCAAGGCCUAUGGCAUUGUUGGGUGUGUGCGGUUCCUAGAGCCCUGGUACCUCAUUCUGGUGCGGCGGCGGCGGCAGGUGGGGUGCAUGAGGGGGCAUGCAGUGUUCCGCAUUGAGGAGAGCCUGGUGUUGACGGUGCCCCACGCCAGCGUGCACACGAGCGUGGCUUCUAGCACCAUGGAGCAGCGGUACAAGAGGCUGCUGUCAGGGGUCGACCUCACAAAGGACUUCUUCUACUCGCACUCCUACCCUGUCAUGCGCUCACUACAAGACAACGUCUGCCGUACCGUCACCGGGUGCACCGAGUGUGGCAGCAGCAGCGUGGGAUUGGGACCAUGCACGGGCAUGGCCCAUAUGGCCCAUGAGCACAUGGGUAACGUGCCCCGCAUGGGUCACAUGGCCCACAUGGCUCAUGAGCACAUGUUUGUGUGGAAUUCGUUCCUCACACGUUCCAUCCGCCACGCCCUCGGCACCAACCGAUGGACGCUCGCUCUCUCCCACGGCUUCUUCCACCAGGAGCGCAUGUCCAUCUUUGGCCGAGUCAUUUCACUUGUCCUCAUAGCCCGUCGCUCGCGCCACUUUGCCGGCACGCGUUAUCUCAAGAGGGGGGUGAACGACCGGGGGCGAGUGGCCAACGAGGUGGAGGUGGAGCAGCUGCUGCUCGACCACUCCCACGAACCCAUCCUACCGCCUCCCACCGCUCUGCACCGGGAACCCAUGCCAUCAUUUGCUCCUGGACCUGUCCCAACCACUCACCGCCUGCAACACCAGUCCAUUUAUCAUCACAGGCAGCAGCAGCAGCAGCAGCAGCAUGCCACGUCGCCACCCCCUUCGCCUGCCUCCUCCUCUUCUUUUCUGCUUGUCCAACCGUUCCCAUCACUCCCUUCCUCCACCACCCACCCUCCUCCUAUCAGCCCCAGGGAAAACAUUUUCCAGAUAACGCCUGUGCCCGGGGAUAGUCCAGCAGGCUCUGCAGCAGCAUCAGCAGCAGAAGCGGCGGUGGCGGCGGCGGCAGCGGUGGCGGUGGCAGCGGUGGGAGCAGCGUCAGCAGCAGCGCUGCCAGCGAUGGCGAGUGUGGUGCAGGUGAGGGGGUCCAUUCCCCUCUUCUGGUCGCAGCAGGCAUCGAGACUCAGCCCCAAGCCAGAUAUCGUGUUGCACCGCUAUGACCCCAUGUACACGGCAGCACGGCUGCACUUUGAGAAUCUCAUGGAGCGGUACGGCCGCCCCAUCAUCAUCCUCAACCUCAUUAAGACAGUGGAGAAGCACCCUCGUGAGAUGAUUCUUCGGAGGGAGUUCGCCAUGGCAGUGGCGUAUCUCAACCGAGUGCUGCCACCCCCCUCCGCCCUCACCUACAUCCACUGGGACUUUUCAAGAUAUGCCAAGAGCAGUGCCAACGCGGCCACCACUCCAGCAGGGGUAACCAGCGCAGCAGCAAGUGCACUCAGCACUCUCACCACCACUCCCAACGCACCCACCAUUCCCAACACACCCACCACACUCCACACCCUUACCACUCAUCCCAGUCCCUUCUCCUCCUUCCCCUCCUCCUCCCUCAUCUCCCCCUCCUCCUCCCUCAUCUCCCCCUCCUCCCCUUCUGCCUCCUCCUUCUCGCUCUCGCCUCCUUCGCUCUCUCCUCGAGCCACCAACACCAGCGCCACCAACGCCCAAGCAAGCAGUGGCAGCGGCAGCAGAGGGAGUGGCAGCAACAGCGGCAGCGGCAGUGGCACCAGCAGUAGCACCGGCGGCAGUGGGGGAAAUGGCAGCGGCAGCGAGAAGAGCAAGGGCAGUGUGGCGGAGGGGGUGUUGGGUGCGCUGGCAGCAAUCGCCAGGGAGUGCCUCGCCAAGACCGGCUUCUUUUACUCCGGCCAGCUCGCCAGUUUGGGGGAGGGGGUGUUGGGUGCGCUGGCAGCAAUCGCCAGGGAGUGCCUCGCCAAGACCGGCUUCGUUUACCCCGGCCAGCUCGCCAGAUUCCACAAGGCAUGCUUUGUGUCGCAUCUGCUUGCCCUUUGCUUCCUCCCUUGUUUCCCCAUCUCCUCUGCGCCUCCCCCUCUAUUCCACCCCAAUGCAUGCAAUCUCGCCAGGGCUGCCACCAAGGCGUGCUUCUCUUCCUGCCCUGCCGCCCCUCGCUCUGCCCCAUUGCCCUCCCCCUGCCUCACCGCCCCUCCCUCUUCCCCACCACCCCUCCCUCUGCUCCCCUGCCUACCCAAUGCAUGCAAUCUCGCCAGGGCUGCCACCAAGACUUUCUUCUCUUCCCGCGCCACCGCCCCUCCCUCUGCCGCCACCACUACUGCUGCUGCACCCAGCACAACUGGACCGGAGGAGGGGGUCCGAAGCAAAGGAGGCAGCAAGGGAGCAGCAGCAGCAGCAGCAGCAGCAGUGGCAGCAGCGGCAGCGGAGGAGGAGGAGGAGACAGGGAGAUGGGUGCGUCCCCCACAGCUGCAGCACGGAAUCGUCCGAACCAACUGUCUCGACUGCCUGGACCGCACCAACGUGGCCCAGUUCGUGAUUGGUCGAGAGGCCCUCGCCCACCAGCUCCACUCCCUGGGAAUCACAGAUUCGCCGCAUCUGGACAGCAAGAGUGACGUGGGGAAGCGGCUGCAGGGGAUGUACAUCGCGAUGGGGGAUGCGCUGGCGCUGCAGUAUGGGGGGUCGGCGGCGCAUAACCUGGUGAUUGCUGAGAGGCCGGGCACGUGGCGAUCGACUCUGCAGUCUCAGGAGGUGCUCAAGUCACUGCAUCGGUACUACAGCAAUGCUAUUACUGAUGCUGACAAGCAAGACGCCAUCAACCUGUGA